AUGGCUGUGGUUGAUGUUCACCGGUUCGCAGAGUCAAUCACUUGUCAUGCUUGGAGUCCUGAUCAUUCCAUGGUUGCGUUUUGUCCUAACAAUAAUGAGGUUCAUAUCUAUAAAUCAUCACAAGACCAGUGGGAGAGGUUACAUGUCCUCGAAAAGCAUGACCAAAUUGUUUCUGGAAUUGACUGGAGCUCAAAGUCCAACAAAAUCGUCACUGUUUCCCAUGACAGGAACUCGUACGUGUGGAGCCUAGAAGGAGGUGAAUGGGUACCAACUCUCGUUAUUCUUAGACUAAACCGUGCUGCACUUUGUGUCCAAUGGAGUCCAAAAGAGAACAAGUUUGCUGUUGGAAGUGGUGCUAAAACUGUUUGUAUAUGCUAUUAUGAGCAAGAGAAUAACUGGUGGGUCAGUAAACUUAUCCGGAAACGGCAUGAAUCUUCAGUCACAAAUGUUGCUUGGCAUCCUAAUAAUAUUCUUCUGGCGACGACAUCUACAGAUGGAAAAUGUCGGGUAUUUUCAACUUUCAUCAAAGGAGUAGACACAAAGGAUCCAAAAGCAGGCUCACCAGCAGAAUCCAAAUUUGGGGAGCAAAUUCUACAACUUGAUCUGUCAUAUUCUUGGGCUUUUGGUGUGAAAUGGUCUCCAAGUGGAAACACCUUAGCUUAUGUAGGUCAUAGCUCGAUGAUUUACUUUGUUGAUGACGUUGGUCCUUCUCCUUUAGCUCAAAGCGUUGCAUUUAGAGAUUUGCCUCUUCGUGAUGUUCUCUUUAUAUCUGAGAAAAUGGUGAUAGGCGUUGGUUAUGACAGCAACCCAAUGGUGUUUGCUGCAGAUGAUACUGGAAUAUGGAGCUUUAUCAGAUACAUCGGGGAGAAGAAAGAGGAAUCUUCAGGUUCCAGUUAUAGUUCGCAGUUUUCGGAAGCGUUUACGAAAUUUUACGGUCAGUCAAAGGCUACAACAGCCAACGAAGCUUCUGAAUCCUCUAAAUCGCGUGGAGGCGUUCAUGAUAACUGCAUAAAUUCCAUUCUACCUCUUAGCAAAGCUGGGAGUCCUAAAGUAAUGCGAUUCAGCACUGCAGGAUUGGAUGGCAAAAUAGCCAUAUGGAAUCUAGAGAACAUGGAAGAAGAACUUGGCCAUCAGUUUUAAUAAUAAACACAUAAAAUAAGCAAAUCUAAGGUUUUACUUGAUUUGUAUAUCAGAUUUUUUUUUGUUUUCCCUGCCAUUUGUAACCCUUUUCCGAUUUCAUAACUGUUUCACUUUGUAAACCACAAUAAGCCUUGCAGAGCUUAUGUCUUUUGCCUCGUAUCUUUGUAAUGUCUUGGAUGUUUCUGAUUGAUUCCUUUUAGUUAAUAUAGCAUCUUGUAAUGCCUUUGCUGUUUAACUUGGCAUUUCAUCUGUGAUGGAUGGAUGACAGACCACUAAAAUGAAUCAAUCAUGAGGCAUGUAGUACUUUUGUCUAGUUUCAG